AUACCAUCUUUUCAUCAUGGGGACACUGAAUUGCACGUCCGCACCCGAGUCCACCCCCAGUGAUUCGGGUGUCGCAGGGCAAGGAGUACGUUGACAGGCACUCGCGACAAAGAAAUAUCCCGUGGAGGAGCAGUGCUUGGGGCUCCCCUAUUGCCCGAGCCGUGUUGACCGUUGCCAACAUAUUCUCCUUUCUUUCAUGAUCACGGCCGGCCUGGCCAUCAUCCUAUCUGCGAGCGUGAUUCUUGCAGACUUCCGAGGCAGAGAGUCAACAACCCGGCGAAAAUUACUGAAUGGAUACAGCGACUCACAGAUCAUGCAAGGGAUCGGCAUCCAAAGCGUUGGUUUGGCCAAGAUGAACUCCCUUGUACCGUAUCACUUCUUCCUAAUCUGGAUGCUUUCCCUCCUAUCCAUGGCAACGCACAAUGCUACGCUUUUGGCGCUAGUCCGAGACUAUCGUCGCGACUGGGUGUUGAGAUGGAUGAGACAGUUGCUCAUGUUCGUCAACCUGGCACUGUCGACAGUCUCCGGGGUCUUUGUCCUCCAGACCGUGGCCAAGGGGCUGGAUAAGUCGACUCUUCCCGUGGCAUGUGUCUGGAAAGUUGACGGAGAAAAAUCUCCGUCCAAUGCCGGGCUGUCGUAUGUUGGUACUAUUGCGGCAAUGGCGGGAAAUGUCAUUAUCUUCGUUCUUGCGACGUGGUACUUGCAUAGUCGGAAGCAGAAGCUUUACAGGAUUGUGCAGAUUGUAGGAUGGAUCCUCAUGGCAGCUGUUGCCAUUGGGGCUGCGAUCCGCAUCAUUCUGCUUUCUCAGGCGUUUGGGCAUCCGUGAAGCUAAGUGACGAGGGGGAGAAGGACUGGAGCUUCGGCCAGCUUCUAUCGAUGCUUCUUCUCGCCCUGCCCGUCGUCUCUGUGAUUGAAAUCUAUCGCGGAGAAAUUAAAGUAGCGCCCCCUGUUGGAGACGAGCGGCAGCGGCUAUAUGACGGCGAGCUGGUAUCGGAUCCGCUGGCAACCAAUAGACAUCGUGAUAAUUUGAUAUUUAAGUAGGAUUAGAGUACAUGAACCACCACUCCCAAAGCUUGCUUCAGCUGCCGUCGUUUCAUAUUCAGCGACCCAGUGGGAAUA